AAAAUGCAACUACAAAAACCCCCCUCAAUCCCCUCCACAUUCUCCCUCCCUCACAAUCCCAAAAUCAUUUCCAAGUUUUCCUUUUUCUCUCAUUCAGGCAUUUUCACAAACACAUAAAAGACAACUUCAGCUUGCAUUGGCAUUCACAAUGGCGAGACCACAACAACGUUACAGAGGUGUUCGACAGAGACAUUGGGGUUCUUGGGUGUCUGAAAUCCGGCAUCCAUUACUGAAAACAAGAAUUUGGUUAGGGACAUUUGAGACAGCAGAAGAUGCUGCAAGAGCAUAUGAUGAAGCAGCAAGACUAAUGUGUGGUCCAAGAGCAAGAACUAAUUUCCCUUACAACCCAAACAUGCCGCAAACAUCUUCCUCAAAACUUCUUUCUGCAACUUUAACAGCUAAAUUACAUAAAUGUUACAUGGCUUCACUUCAAAUGGCAAAAAACUCAGCACAAGAACAACACCAACAACCACCUCGAAAAAUUCAAACUUCAUAUGCUCAGACUGCCGUAGCCAAUGUUGGAAAUCAUGUUGCCUAUGAAACAAAACCACAAAUGUUAAUGUCAAAGCCAACAUUUUUAGCACAGGAACAAGAAGGGGCUAAUUGGGGAGUGAUGAAAGUUGAAGCUGUAGAGCACACGCCACAGUUUAUUAAUACCCUUGAAGAUGACGACAUUGAACAAAUGAUUGAAGAAUUACUUGAUUAUGGCUCCAUUGAACUUUGCUCAGUAGUGUCUUCUCAUCAGUAAUUGUCCUACCAUUUUGCUAAUUUUUAACUCCCAAAUCUCUGAGCUGUUUCUCGAUGGGAGCACUAAAGCAACUUAUUUCCAUAUUACCUAUAGAUUAUUCGUUCAAACCAUGCAAGUAACCACUAAUGUUUGAAUUAAGAUAAGUUGUCUACAUCAUACCCUUGGGUUCGAGCCGUGGAAGCAACCAUUAAUACUUGCAUUAGAGGGUAGGCUGUUUAUAUCAUACCCUCAGAGUCCAGCCUUUCUCCGAAUUCUGCGUGAAUUCGAGAUGCUUUGUGCACCGAGCUGCCAAUUUUCUGAGUUGUUUCCUUGUUAAGAAAAACAUAGUAUGUACCAUUAGUAGAAAUUAGGACUUUGUUAUUAUUUUUUCUAUCUUUUUGGUUCCUAGAAUUCUUGUUCUAAGAGAACUAUCUAUUAGUUAGAAGAUGAUGUAUGUACAGUGUAGUAUGUUUACUGCUACCAUUGUUGUCAAAAUUAUUAAUAUACAAUAUUUCAUUAUUUAUUA